AUGGCAUGGAGAAUUCUGUCAGCUCUUCUUGUCGUAAGUUGCUGCACUGAUUUGGAAGUCGCCAAAUCCAUUAAUCAGGACAUCCAUCUGGACAUGAUGAAAUGGGCACUUGGCAUGCUUGCUAUCACAAUUGAAUAUGUUUUUGAGGAUCUGAAGCUUCAGAAACCAAAUUGGUGGUACCAUAAUGGGGUGCUGAAGCGAAUCACAAAUGUCCUACUCAAUUUUUUCAGGGCCAACAGCACAAGCAAAAAGACAAUAUAUCAGGCGUCUUUCAUAAGAGCUUGUGCCCUGUUUGGUUUGAUUUCCAAAGGUGAAUAUUGGAUUUAUUGGGCUCAUUGUGAUGAGUUCAUCAACAGUUUGUCCGUGGAGUGCACAGCUACAGAGAUGAAGGAAGCCAAUACACUCUUCAAAGUGGUGAUAUCUGAAAAAAGUGAAGACUAUGCUGAGGAUGCCUAUACAAGGGAUGCACAACUGGCCGCUAAAAUCACGACAAUUGUUGAAGAAGCACGGAAUUCUGGAGCUCUUCACUCUGUGAUCCCGGAAAGAGGUACGGGUAUCAGUGAAGCUGGCCUUUGGGUUGUCAUACAGGACCUUGUGAGUCCCUCAGGCUUGGCAAUGAACAACAAAAUUGUUCUGGUCUGCAUGGAUGGGUUGGAAGAUGGCAGAGUUGCUGUGAAAGUUGACGGAAUCAUCUCACCAAAGCGGAUCAAACCCAGAAAUCUACGGCUGUACCCAAUGCCAGAGAACGUGGUGGCUCUCAUUUCAAGCAUGGAGGAGGUUGACCAGUGGAAGUAUGUGAGAGUGAUGAUUGACUUGAAUAAAACCAAUCUGACAUUUAAAAAUAUAGGCAAUCGGCGAUCAACAUAA